AUGGGUAUUCCGCCAGUCGCUGCAUUCAUUGGAGCAACAUUAUUCAAUUUUUCGUCAUGGCCAGAUGAAGAAACGGAUGCGGCGUUCAAAGAUAUCGCUCAUUCAUUCAACCAGAAAACUUCCGACUCCUUCCUGGUCGCCACAUUAGAGUUCUCUGAGGGUCCUGAAACGACUUUACUUCAAAUCGUCAAAACGUUCACUAUGAAACUAUUCAUUGCAUAUUUCAUAUUAUUCUUAAUAAUGAGUUUCUAUCUCAUGGCUGCCUGUUGUUGGCGAAUCGUAAAGGAAGUCAAUAAAGGGACAAGCAGAAAAAUUGCAUCAUUACAAGGACAACUGAACAGACUGCUUAUAGCUCAGGUUUUGAUACCAUUUAUAUGUAUCCAUACACCUUUCUAUGUGUGUUGCUUGGCACCGCUAUUCGACAUAGACACAGGAAUCGUUGCUGACUACUUGCCGAUACUGUUCGCUUGGCCGUCUGUACUUGAUCCUUUGAUGGUGCUGGGUUUUGUCAAAGAUUUCCGUGAAUAUGUCUUUUCGGCUUGUAAAAAGAAGCAGAAGCAAAACUCUAAAGUGUUCACUAGAUCGUUUUAA